AUGUUUGCAGAGGCCAGUCUGUCUGUCUGGGGAUGGGGGGGUCUGGGAGUGGUACUGUUCCUCAUCACGUUCGGACCCUUUGCAAUCUUUUAUCUGGCCUUUUACAUCUUCUGCUUUGUUGGUGGGGGCUUCGCUGUCACUCUUUUAUUUGGAAAGACAAACUCAGAGAAACACCUCGAAAAGUGUGAACACUCCUAUCUGCCACCGACACAAACGGGCAUAAUAAAGACUUUGGAGGAGUUGAAACUUGAGAUCAAACCCAUAAAGAUAGACAGACGACUGACUGGUUCCAACAUCAUCGAUGAGCCCCUGCAACAGGUGAUUCAGUUUGCCCUGAGGGACUACAUCCAGUAUUGGUACUACACUCUGAGUGAAGAUGAGUCCUUCCUGCUGGAGAUCAGACAAACUGUACAAAAUGCACUGGUGCAGUUUUCCACUAGGUCGAAAGAGGUGGACUGGCAGCCUUACUUCACCACCCGGCUGGUCGAUGAUUUUGCGACCCACCUCCGAAUCUUCAGAAAGGCCCAAGAGAGACUCAACGAGAAGGAGGACUCCAAACAACGUGAUACUUCGGAGGAGCUGCUGGAUGCAUUCUUUGAGACGGAGGUGGAGAUGGAGCGGAAGAUCUGCAGGGACAUGGUGUGCACCUCCCCCAAAGACGAGGAAGCGUUCCUGAGGGACCUGUGUGAGGUGCUGCUGUAUCUCUUACUACCUCCUGGAGACUUCCACAACAAAAACAUGAGAUACUUCCUCAGGGAAACUCUGGCGAGGGGAGUUUUACUUCCACUGAUCAACCAACUCAGUGAUCCAGAUUAUAUCAAUCAGUUUGCCCUCUGGAUGAUCCGAGACUCUAGCUGUAACUACGAGGCCUUCAUGAACAUCCUGAAGCUGACAGACAAGCCAGCUGAAUUGGAGGCUGUGAAAGACAAAGUCCUGGAGGAGCUCCAAUACCUGCGCUCACUAGACACUGCUGGCGAUGAUAUUAAUGUGAUAAAGAAUCAAAUUAACAGUUUAAUGUUUGUGAAGAAAGUCUGUGAAACGAGGAUACAGAGGUUACAAUCAGGGAAGGAAGUUGAUGCUUUGAAACUUGCUGCAAAUUUUGGGAAGCUGUGCAUUAUUCCAUUUGAGCACAUUUUGGUGCAUAAUAUUGCUCUGCAGUUCUUCAUGGACUACAUGCAGCAGAUGGGGGGUCAGGCAGACCUGUUCUUCUGGCUGACAGUGGAGGGUUACAGGGUCACGGCGCAGCAGCAGCUGGAGGUCAUGCAAAGCUGGCAGAAAGACGGCAAGAAACAAGGAAGCCAGACCAAGGGCCUGCUCAAAGCUGCCGCGCUGGGAGUCUACGAACAGUAUCUCUCAGAAAAGGCCUCUCCCAGAGUACAAGUGGACGACGCCUCUGUGGCCAGGCUGGCGGAAAAACUCAACAAGGAGGAUCCCACGCCCGAGAUAUUCGAUGACAUUCAGAGAAAGGUGUAUGAUAAGAUGUUGAAAGACGAGCGUUUCUACCCGUCCUUUAAACAGCAUCCUCUGUACGUGCGUAUGUUGGCAGAGCUGGACAUGCUGAAGGAGCCCAGCUACAGAGGCUCUGACGAUGGAGACGGGGAGUCCUUCAAUGGGUCUCCAACCGGAAGCAUCAAUUUAUCCUUGGAUGACCUUACAAAUGCCAGCGUUGAUGAGUCUGUGCUGCUCCAUGCCUACAUCUCUGAUACCGCUGAUGCUUAUCUAAACCAACUUCCCGUGGCAGGCGUGUGCAACGACCAUGGGAAGACCUACGCUCUUUACGCCAUCACCGUGUUCCGGAAGAAUCCGGACGGCAGCGAGGACACCUGGAAAACCUAUCGUCGCUAUAGCGACUUUCACGACUUCCACAUGCGCAUCACUGAGCAAUUUGAGAACCUGACCUCUAUACUUAAACUUCCUGGGAAAAAGACAUUCAACAACAUGGAUAGGGACUUCUUAGAAAAGAGGAAAAAAGACCUCAAUGCAUAUUUACAGCUGCUCCUGAAUCCAGAGAUGGUGAAAGCUUGUCCUAACCUCACGCCUUACGUCAACGACUUCCUAGAGAACAAGGCAUACAGUAAGGGCAAGGGCGACUUUGCACGGAAGAUGGACACAUUUGUGAACCCUCUGCGCAGUUCUAUGCGUAAUGUGUCCAAUGCCGUGAAAUCACUGCCUGACAGUCUGGCUGAAGGAAUGACCAAAGUAUCAGACAACAUGGGCCGCAUGUCGGAGAGACUGGGCCAGGACAUCAAGCAGUCCAUAUUCAAGGUCCCACCAUUAAUUCCUAAAUCAGACAUUGAUCCUGAGCACUGCCGAGUGUCAGCCCAGCUGGAUGAUAAUGUGGAUGACAACAUCCCACUGCGUGUGAUGCUGCUGCUGAUGGAUGAGGUGUUUGAUCUGAAAGAGAGAAACCAGUGGCUCAGGAGAAACAUCAAAAACCUGCUCCAGCAACUCAUCAGGGCCACUUACGGAGACACCAUCAACAGAAAAAUCGUGGAUCAUGUGGACUACAUGACAUCCCCCGAACAAGUAGCUGAGUAUGUGAAGAAAUUCAGAGAUUCCUACUGGCCAAACGGGAUCUUGGCAGAGACCCCACCCCGCAGAGACAAAAGUAUCCGCAUGAGGACCAGAGUGGCAGCCAAAACCAGCUUACUGGGCAUAAUGCCAGAUGAGCUGAAGCACAUCAUCGGAGCGGACACCACGCGGAAGGGAAUCCUGCGGGUGUUUGACAUGUUCCAGCACCAGCAGAUGAACCGUCGGCUGGCUUACGUGUUCCUGGAGGGCUUCCUUGAGACCAUGUUCCCACAAUACAAGUUCCCAGAGCUCUUUGUCAAGCUGCACUCGCGUUCAGCACGCAUGGUCAGAUAUUCCCAGAGACUCAAGACCUUGCAAAAGAGGUGACAGACACCAGCCAGAGGUGGCAUCAAACACCAUGCUGAGGGGAGAAAGUAGCCCAGAGCUAUGCCGGCUCAGCGGGCAGAGGAGAGUGUGUGACCUUGUGUAUGUGCGUGCGUGCGUGUGUGUGUGUGUUGUGUGGGAGUGGAUGGUUGUCUCGAUGAGGACCAGGCUUGAGGAAUUAGCCGUCGUGUCCAUCUCCUCUUUGUCUCCCCUCCUCAUCCUCUUUGUUCUUAAUAGAAGCACUGUAUCAAUGCGGCUGUAGCAUAGAGGACGCGUUUUAUCAUUGUCAAGCAUUAGCUCAGACACUUUCACUUCUUUACCACUAAGAGACUGCGCUGCCAGACCUGUAACGUCAGCGUCCCAAUCUUCUCUCUCUUUUUUUUUUUUUUUUUGUUGUUGUUUAUGUUGUUGGACUUCAGGUUGAAAGGCAGUGGAAAUGCGGGGUUGUGAGCUCCCUG